AUGGACCCUGUCGAAAGUGCAAUUGUCGACAAAGCCAACAACGCAUUUGCCGAACACCGGGAAGAGUCCGAGGCAGCUGUGCAUAAGUCCAACAGUCCGGGGACGCUACAGGCGACCAACGAGGAAACAAUUGCAGCGGCGAUUACUCAAUUGAAUAGCCAUCAGCAUGAACAAGAUCACCUGGCACAGACGUCAGGAAUGGCUUCCGUGCACGACUACGACAGCGCACAGGCGGAGCAGCAAUUCAGAGAUACGUACGGUUUCGAUUUUCGCGACUUCUCCAUAAAUCCGUGUCUCAAACCCAACUUGGACUUGUCCAUCAAGGACGACGAUGUGGAUCCCAAGACCGCCGCCAGGUUUGACAAUUGGCUCCGACUCUCGCCGUUCGGAAUUUGGGUCAGCAAGUUCGCCACUUCCAAGCCAUAUGCACAGUGCAAGUAUUCCCAUUGUCAGUUGCAGUUCAAAUUCGAUGGACACGCCAAUACGUCCAACAUCAUAAAGCACAUGAAAAGACGGCACAAAGACGACUAUGAACUAUUUAUAUCCCUCUUGGGUCGCGACCAAAACCGGAAGCCAACCGCUGUGGCUCGAAACAACGUUUUUGACCAGUCAUCUGCCACUAACGCGGCCACUCGCAAAGCGCUUGCUGUGCGCAAAGAACUGGCGCCUUUUCUACAGAACAAACAAUUCCCUCAGAAGCAACUAAACGUUUUCAUUGAUUCUCUUCUGCCCUUGAGCACGGCUAGCUCUUUCGUUCAAUUUCUCAAGGCUUGCAAUUUCAGCAGCACCGAGUUCAUAUUGAGUCCGGAGGAUAUGGUGCUCAAACUAGAUGAGUACUUCCAUGAAUUCGAAAUUCAGCUCAAAGAAACAUUGAAAUGUACUUCGUUGGUAGAUGUUAUUCUCCAAACGUGGUCUUCCUCCGAAAACAAGAGUUUCCUUGCCGUGAUGGUUUCUUUUUGCCCUAACUUGGUGCUAGAAGAUCAAAUUUUAAAGCGAGAAUCGAUUACGGUGAAAGCGGGUCUAAAUGUUCACGUCUUGGACCUAAUAGAAAUUGAUGAUCACGCAAGCUCAAUUGUACCUGCCGUGGUCCAAACUCUUACUGACUUUGGUAUUUUACAAAAAAUGGGUGCUAUCACCCUAGACUCUAGCUCCAAUACAAAUUCAGUCCUUGCUGAAAUACCCAUGGAAUUGAGAAAACACUUACAAGCUGGGCAAGACAACACUCUGAUUGAAAUUAGAAGCUUAAGUCACAUUUUCACAAAUGUUGCUCAGCUUUUAAUUCAGGUUUUCCAGGAGAAUUAUCCCGACCUCAUGUCUAGGAUUGAUCACCUUGCUAGCAUGGUGCAAAGCAACAUUUUCUUGAAAAAGUCCUUCAAGAAAUUCUGGUCAUCAUCAAUCGGGAUAAGUAAACAAGCUGGUCCGUUCUCAAAAUAUCGUCAACUCUGCACUUUUCUAGAAUUUGAGCAGGAGUUCAAGACCUUUUACAUCAAAAAUGUUCAUGACGAAUCUUUUAACUUGCAACCCGGUCAACAACAAAACUUUUGUUACACAUCUGAUGAGGCUACGGUUUUAAAGCUUUUCCUGAAAGCUAUCGGGAUUUUUUUCGAUUACCUCAAGCUUUUGCAAAAUGGCAACGCCAAUAUUCUCACGAGCGGUAUUGAUUACUACUUACAGAUUGGUCAAUAUUUUCAGGCUUGUGACAGAAUUUUAAGUGGAAUAUUUGAGGAACAAGACGUGAUCAUCUGUGGUCUGAGAGACGAGGAUCUUCUGACGGUAGAUGAGAGUAACAAAAAUAAUGUUUUUACUGUCAUUUCAACGUGCAGCUCAUAUUUCAACGCGCAGAUUGAAUGGGUGUUCCAACAGGCUGGAUACUGGGUCGCACACAUGUUGCAGCCGCAUUGCAAAACUGCCAGACUGUCGGAAAAUUUUGAGGAUGCAGAGUUCAAACAAGAGGUUCUACAGAAGGCCUCAACAUUUGUCCUCGAGUAUUUGAAAAUUCAGGGCCGCAAUUACGAGGUAGGGCAAGAUGUUAAUCAUAAAAGCACAAGAUCUAACUCUAAACGUGUCACUAAACCAGACACGAUGAAGAAGCGUUCCGGUCUGGAACUGGUAGGUGAAGAAGCUCUGGCCAAUUUGACAGAGCAAGAAAUGGGUCUUCAAUCGGAAUGGGCUAUUUACUUAGAUGAGCGAAUUGAGGAAAGUACUGACUUCACCAAAUAUUGGUUGCGAAACCAGAAGAAGUUCCCAGCGCUAACCAAAUUAGCACUUUCCUUGUACAACAGUAAGCUAUCCUCAGAUAAGGUGGAAACAUGGUUUAACGUUGGACAUUCAGCUUUGAAAGCCGCGGUUUCGCAAGCCAGCAUGAGUUUGAAACAGGCUUUGAUGAUAAGAAACCGCUUACUCUGCUUCGAGCCGAGCCACAAAUUGAACUACGUCGAAUUCGUGGCCGCUCAUCAGUGGGCUACGGACGAGAAUCUUGCACUGGGCGGUCCCGAGGGUAUUUCAGAUGGUAUUUCAGAUGGUGAAAUGUAA